CCACCGCCUGCGCCGCCCGCGCCGCCCCAACCCCCCGCCCCGCCGUCGCCGCCGCCGCCGCCGCCGCACCCUCCUUGGGUCGGCCUGAUGCAUGCGGCUCUCGACACCACUUGCACGGAGCAGCCGACGCUGGACACGUACGCACAGUCGCAUGGGCAGGCAUUCCUCAACGGGGAGUUGCUCGCGGGGAUCCUCAACGCGUCGCUCGAGAUGCCCCGCCAGACCCUUUCCGGAGGCAUCCCAAACGGCGCCGCCGAGGCGGGGCUCGAGGCGGCGGGCGUGAGCGGUUGGCAGGCGAGCCUCGCCAAGAGCGUGCUGCUGCCUGUCGUCCGGCCGUAUCUGGGCGACGGCAUCGACAACAUCGCGGUGGAAGGCUUCGAGUGCAAGGACUUUGUGAUGCGCGAGGUCGAGACCGAGUACUGCCUCCCCUUCCGCAUCGGCGGGCAGGUGACGGGCCUCAACGUCGUCUGCAGCGGCGAGUACGUGCUCGACCUGUCCUGGCCGGUCCAGCCGGUGGAGGGACUGCUAGACGAGCAGUCGCAGCAGCUGCGCGGCGGCUUCCGCCUCCAGCUGGAGCCCGAGUCGUCCCUCCUCCUCACCAAGCUCGACCUGCAGCGCGACGAGAUCUUCACCGCCUUCUCCCGCUGCGACUUCCACCUCGUGCCGCGCGUGACGAUGGACUUUCGCGGGCUGCGCUUCGCGCCCGACGGCGUGCGGCCGCGCACGGCAAGCGAGCUGGCCAUCUUCCGCGCGGCGGGCGUCGAGGGGACGCCCGACGAGGAGGGACUCAUCUCGUGCGCGACCGGCCACUCUGCGGGCGCCGACUCCAUCUACGCGCUCCUGGACCGCGUGCACCAGCAGACGUUUGGCAUCGUGCCCGCCGAGGCCUUCCAGUGCCCCGACGUGCCCAAGUUCCUCUGCGACAGUGUGGUGCGGCCGCAGCUCAACGGGCAGGUCGAGAACGUGUGGGGGCUUCUGCACCAGACAACCUCGCUCUCGGGGCCGAUCCUGCGAUACAUCUUCGUCCUGGCGGCGCUGACGGCGAUGACGGCCGCGGUGCUGCUCGUGCCCAAGAUCGAGACGCUGCUCAAGCACGCGCGCGAUCAGCUCGCGUCGAUGGACGACGACGAUGACAUCGACUCCCUGCUCGAGCAGUUCCUGCGCGCCGUCUCGUCCGGCGGCGCAGCGACGCGUCGCUUCAGCGCGCACUUCGACGGCGACGGAGACGGCGUCGCUGACGCGGGCUCGUCCGUCGUCGACCGCGCUGCCUUUGCCGGCGCGCGUGGGCUCGGCAAGGUCGGAUCGCUGGCCGAGCGCACGGUGCUGCCGCUCUUUGCGUGGCUCGUCAACAAGACAGCGCACGGCGCGACCUGGCUUGCCACCUGCGUCGCCUGCCUGCUCAUCUUUGCCGCCUCGACCCUGCUCCUCUUCGCCGUCUUCGUCGCCGGCUUCGUCCUCUUCACGCUCGUCAACUCGUCCCACUGGUGCAGCGACCACUCGCCCGUCACGGCGCUGCCAGAGGGCGCGCUCGCCGGCCUCGCCUUCCUCGUCGCCCUCUACCUCCUCCUCUGCCAGCCGCGCAUGCCCCACGGCGUCAAGCAUGCCCUCGUCCUCUACCUCGGAUGCGUCUGCACCGCCUGCGGCCUGCGCGCCCUCACCCGCUCCCUACUCUCCGACGACCAGUGGUACUACCUCGUCCUUAUGCGGUACGCCGACCUGUGCUACGCCGGCGCGCUGCUCGCCGUCUACUACCUCUCCCUCUCCCUGCCCUCGCCCGGCGGCUCGCCCGACGGGGUGCCGCCCUUUGUGCUUCCGUACGGCGGCGCGCGGCUCUCUGGCCCGCGCGGCUCUCGCGCCGCCGCCGCCGGCGAAGCAGGAGGCGCGGCCGGCGCCACUGUCGCGCGGUCGCUCGGGCUGCGCGAGGCUGGGCGGCAGGUGUGCGGCUGCGUCGGAGCCGCCCGCGCUUGGCUCGCGGGGGCCCGCUCGCGCUCGAUACGCCGGCUGGGCGGCUGCUGCGGCGCGUCGGUGGUGCCGGCGCGGCUGGCGUCCUUCUGGCGAUCGCUCGGGAUGGACACGGCGCUGCACCUGCGCGUGAUCGACGUGGUGUUCGCGCUCGGCGUGUACUGCCUCCUCUGCAGCCUCAACGACUGGAUCAUCACCGUGCUGAUGGCGCUGCUCGCCGCCUAUGCGUGGUUGCUGCUGCUCCUCGAGUGCGACUUGCUCCUGCGCUCGCGCGGCGACGAGGACAUCGGGUGGGUCGAGCUCGUCGACGGCGAGCGCCCCUCCGCCGCGCGGGUGGCGCAGGCGGCGGCGAACGGCGGCGCGGUUGCGAUGGCAAAGGACAUGUACCUCGACGGGCUGCUCGACACGGAGGCGUGGGCGCGCGACGUCAAGGCGAAGUUCGUCGGCGGCGGGAGCGCGGUGCGCGCGGUGCGCUGCUUCUGGUGGGCCUGCCUCCUCUCGCUCUGCUCGCUCGCCACCACCUCCGCCCUCGAGCCGGUCUGCAACGACCUCCCCUGCCUGCAGCACACCUCGUCCUGCCCGCUGCCCUACCCCUUCAACCACCGCUCCCUCGGCUACACCAUCGACCUCGCGGCGCUCAUCUGCCUCGUCGCCGGCGCCUUCGCCGAGGCGGCGGGCGGUGACGGGCCGGCGUCGGCAGCGCCGCCGCGGUCGGAGCCCGAGGCGGGGCCUUCGGAGACUGCUGUCGGGGCGCCGUCGCCUCUCAAGAAGUGCAUCGCGAGGGCGCCGCUGCCGCUGCUGUGGCUGCUCAGGCCGCGCGAGGAGCAGCAGGAGGAGACGAUCGACCUGCCGCCGCCGCGCGCGAGCCGGUCGAGCAGCAGCAUGCGGGACCUCUACUGA